AUGAAAAAAAGUAAUAAAAUAAAUAAUAAUAACCAAAAUAGUAGAAACAAUAAAUCCAAUAAAUUCACAAAAGAAGAAAAAGAAGAAGGGCAACAACAAGAUGGAAAUAAUGAAAAAUUAACCAAAAUAACAAGCAAAAAAAUAAAUAAAACUGCCACUUCACCUCCACAAUCUCAUUCUAAUAAUAAUAAUAAUAACAAUAUAACCAAAAAAAGUAAAGAUAAAAAACCAAAAUUAAAUAGAUUUAUUGAAACCCCACCUUUAAUAUCUUCAAAUAAAUUAAAUAUAGACAAUAAUAAUAACAAUAAUAAUAAUAAUAAUGGAAGGAAAACACCACCAUUAUUAAUGCUAAGUCCUCCACAACCCCUUAGUAAUGCAAAUUCACCCCCUUCAAAUAAUAAUAAUUCAUCUACAACAACAACAACAACAACAACAACAACAACCACCACUACAUCUACAACAACAAAUAAUAAUAAUAAUAAUACAACACAAAAUGUAAAUAAAGAAAUUCCAGGAUAUUAUUUUGAUGUUGAUAAGAAUAGAUACUUUAAAUUAACUAAAGAAUUACAACAAAUGUUAUUAGAGAAAAAGAAAAAAGAAAAAGAAGAAGAAGAAUUACCAAUUAAAAUUAAACAAACUACAAAUAAUUCAACUAUUAAAUUUAAAAAUCUUUCAAACCUUUUAAUAGAACGUGAAUUAACACAAAAUAUAAAAAGGAUUGGAUUGGAUUAUCAUAUAAAGGAUAUUAUGAUUGGUAAUUAUUUUUCAGAAUUUAAAACAAUUUCAAAACCAACAUCAUCAACAUGUUUAUCAAUAUUUGGUGAUAGUAGUAGUAGUAGUAGUAUUAGUAACAAUAAUAAUGAAAUUAUAACUAAAGGUAUAAUAUCAUCAAGUAGAUCAUUUAUAACAAUAGAUUGGAUUAAUUGUUAUAAUAAUAAAAACAAUAAAAAUGAUAAUAAUGAUAAUUUAUUUAAUAGAAAUCAAGAUUUAAAUUAUAAUUUUGAAAUAAAGAUUGAAAAUGGAAUUUCAAGUUCAUUUUCAAUGGAUAGUGAAGUUAGUUCAAUUCGUACUAAUUUAAAGUACCCAUCAAUCGUAUCAAUUUGUACAUUAGGUGAUGGUAAUAAAGAUGGAUCAGUUUGGAUUUACUCAAUUAAUUCUCAACCUGCCAAUGCACAAUGUUUAAGAAAUUUAAUGUUAAAUGAAACAAGUGUUUGGUGUUCAGAAUGGAAUCCACAAAAUGAACAUUUAAUUUCAAUUGGUGGUAAUGGAAUUUGUUAUCUCUAUGAUUUAAAUAAUCAAAAAUUACUAAAUAAAUUCCUCUCAAAAAGUGAUAUAUUCAUUCAAGAUUUUAACAGUAACGGUAAUUUAUUAUUUAACGGUUCAAGAGAUGGUAUUGUUAGAACUUUAGAUAUUAGAUUUAAAAACAAUUCAAUCUCAAAUUCAAAUACUAAUAAUAAUAAUAAUAAUAAUAAUAAUAUUGGAAUUAAUAUUAUUAAUAAAAAAUUAAAUCCACAUAAUAAUUCAAUAUCAUUCAUUAAAUCAUUGGUUGAUGAUAAUUAUUUAAUUAUUGGUUCAAUAAAUGGUGAAAUUAGUAAAUUGGAUAGAAGAGUAAAUAAAAUUGUAACUCAAUAUUUACAUAAUAAAAAUAGUGGUACUUCAAAAAGAAUGGGUAUUUCAAUAUCACCUGAUCAACAAUAUCUAUCAGCCUGUGGUGAUGAUGGUUUCAUAAGAAUUUGGAAUACAACAACUGCUAGUUUAAUUAAAACAAUUGGUCAUUUCUCAUCUUUAUCAACUUUACAAUUUAUUGAUUAUUUUUCAAAUCAACAAAGUGAAACAAGUAAUACUAACAAUAUUAAUAAUAAUACAUUCUUUCCAUCAUUAUGUAUUAGUAAUGGAAAUUCCUUUUCAUUUUAUACUUAUUCCUAA